CCCAAAUUUUCAAUUGUCUUUCUUUGCAAAAUCCAUUUUCCCGAGAAAAAUCAUUUUAAACCAAACAGAAAAGAAAACGAGAAGAAUUCCAUGAACGAAAGCUCAAGUCGGCGUUGAUUUAGGACGAUGAGGUGGGCCCAUGAUCCGCUCUUGAACUCGCGCUCUUCGAUUGUUCAUGGAUCAACAACAGCCGCCUACUCUCUCUUCUUCUUCUUCUUCUUCUUCAGCAGCCAAAUUAGUCGAUCCAGAAAAAGUCAAAGUCAUCGGAUGGGAAGAUUUUGAGCAAGAACUUGCCCGAUUGAUGAGUCUCUCCUCGGCUCUUCAACAAGCUAAGGACAAAAGUCAUUCUUUUCAAGACAAGCUCAACUCUCUUAUUCAGCGGGCGGCAAUGUGCUGGGCAGAUUAAGGCUGAGUCAUUGAACCGAGCAAAUGAGCUUGAGCAGAUGAAGGAGAAACUGGAGGCUAGAAGAGUCGUUAUGGAAACAAUGUCAAUGCUUUCUAAAGUUGCUGAGGAGAAUGCUAAAAAACAGGAGGAAAGACUUAGUAUGGAAGUUAGGUCUCUAUUAGUGUCUGGGACAGCUCUUUCUGUCGCUAGGAGGCGAUUGCAGGAAUCAAAUAAGUUACUUUCUGGAGAAAAGGGUUAUGGUCAUCUUGAAAAUUUGAAUAAGAUGUUACGAUUGAGACAGCAAUUUAUGAUUCAACAAGUGUCUUUGCUCUAUCCUGUAAAGAUCUUGGUUGGACCAAAACAAGAGCAAGAACUUGAAUCAUUUCCAAGCAGUAGUAAAUCAGGGAGUGCUGCUGGAUCUAAACCUAUUAAUCCAGGAUCCCUAACAAUCUUAGGCCUGCAUUUGACCAUGCUUCCUUUUACAAAGAUAAGUCUUUUUACUGAUAAGAAAGACGUUCAGAGGUCCGCAACUGCCUUGGGGUAUAUCGCACAUGCGGUUUCACUUAUAGCUCAUUAUUUACAAGUUCCACUGCGUUAUCCUUUGCACUUGGGUGGUUCCCACUCAUAUAUAAAUGAUUAUGCACCUUCAAUAGAGCCUUCAUCAUCUGAUUUGUUAUUGAGCACACUGUCCUCGAAUACAAAGCCUGUAGAAUUUCCUCUCUUUUUAGAUGGCCAAGACACUACAAGAGCAGCUUAUGCUGUAUUCUUGUUAAAUAAGGAUGUAGAGCAGCUAUUGAAUUUCAUUGGUGUAAAGAGUUUAGGACCACGCCACGUUCUGGCUAAUUUAAAGGAGCUGUUAAGGACCAUACAGUCUGCAGAAUAUAUAGAUACAUGAUACAAUCAACUGGUAUUGACUAUUAAGUUAGCAAUCUCUCUGUAAAUGUUGUACUCUAACAUAGGUGCAAAUUUUUUCAUGAGCACCUCCAAUACAGCAAAAUUUUCCAUCCAUCAAGGUCUGAGUUUAGCAAAUCUUUGUCAUUAGCAAUUCUUUCCUUAAAUUAUGUAGUUUGAUUUACUACCUAAUUUUAGUGUUGUUCUUGUGAAUCGCAUGUUUGAAAAUUUGCACUAAAAUUAUAAUUCAGGACAGGCAGAUUGUGGUGUA